UCCAGUGGUGUAGCUCAUUGAUUAAUUAAAAAAUUCAUAUUUAAUUGUUCAGCGGGACGAAAAUGUUUUAUUUAGACUUAAACGUUUCAAGUAAAAUAUUGUAUUGUAAUUUUCAAUUGUUGUGCUAAAAGAUUCAUAAAAUGUUAUGGUUGUUUUGACUAAACAUUCUACACCUCUGGUGAUAAAUUCAUCAAGCAUAUAGAGGAAUAAAACAGUUACAGGAUUCAAAUGCUGUACUAUUUCGAUGCAGGUUGAAAUGUUGAUUUUUGUGAGAAUAUUGCUUUUCUGUGUUUUUUUUGUCUUGACUCAUUCUCUGACGUUCGAUGAGGAUGACGGUCCACAAGUCAAGACUCCCAUGGGAGUUAUACAAGGAACUUUCAAAAAGUCUUACCGUAACAGGACAUUUGCCGCCUUUGAGGGAAUACCUUAUGCCCAACCCCCUGUUGGAAACCUAAGAUUUAUGGAACCUCAACCAUUUGUGGAAAGUUGGAAUAACACUUUCUUCGCAACUAAAAAUUACGAAUGUUUGCAAUUUAUACCUUUCACGGGAGUGCUUGGACUAAGAGGUGAAGAAGACUGCCUUUACAUGUACGUGUACGUCCCAAGAGAGCAAAUAAACCCAAACGAGCUGCUUGACGUCAUCGUCCACAUCCACGGGGGCGGUUUUAUGAUCGGUUCGCCCAAACUAUUUGCCGGACCCGAAUUCUUAAUGGACCGAGACGUGGUUUUUGUUAGUUUCAAUUACAGAGUAGGGAUUUUAGGUUUUCUAAGUACAGAAGACGAAGUGGUGCCAGGGAACAACGGAUUAAAAGACCAAAGUAUGGCGUUGCGGUGGAUUAAAAAAAACAUCAAGCACUUCGGAGGAAACCCCGCCUCGAUCACUAUCACGGGCACCUCGGCGGGUGCGGUUAGCGUCCAUUUCCAUUAUUUCUCUCGGAUGUCGAGAGGUUUGUUUCACAGGGGGUUCUCUCAGAGCGGCACCGCCCUAAACUGUUGGGCCUUGGCGGAACACCCCCUGGAAAAAGCCCAAGCGGUGGCGAAAAACGUCAGUUGCCCCAUCUACCCGAUCAAAAGGAUGAUCGAGUGUCUUCGUACGGUCGAGGCCAGGGACCUCGUAAACGGAAUAAAAAGCCUUUUCAUCUAUAUGAACUCGAUACCUUUUAUGCCGUUCACUCCUGUGGUGGAAAAACGCUCGAAAGACGCCUUUUUGGACGACAACCCUUAUUGGAUGCUCAAGAGGGGUGACGUGUAUGACGUGCCAUGGAUCACCUCGAAUACCAAGGACGAGGGGUUGUUUCCAGUGGGGAUUAUAGCGGCCAUGAAUCGGUUUCAAGAUUUCGAGGACGGCUGGUACCAGUUGAUGCCUCAUAUGCUGGAUAUUUACUAUACUGUUGACAAAGAACUACAUAAUGAGACCUUAAAAAAAAUUAAGGAGUAUUAUUUUGGAAGUAAUCCGCUGUCUCAGAAUAAUACAUUCUCUUUUGUUAAGCUCAUGACUGAUAGAAUGUUUACCGUGGACAACGAAAAAGCGAUCAGAAUGCAAUCCAAGGCGAUUAAUUCAGAGCUGUACCUUUAUCUGAUUUCUUAUGUCGUGGAUUUGCCUCACUUCCCUCCGGGAAUGCCCAAAGGAGCGGUGCACGCAGAUGACUCUCGACUGUGGUUGAAAGUGAUAUUGACCCCUAAACAGCUAACACAGAGGGACGAAAAAAUGAUGACGUUUUUUAUAGAUUUCGUGACUACGUAUGCCAAAAAAGGCAUCCCGGAAUUCGGCUCGGUGACAUGGUUGCCGGUGCAACCGAACUCGAAAUCGCUGAAUUAUUUACAAAUCAGCGGCCCCGAUGCCAUAUCCAUGCAGGAAAUCGAUCAGCUGGGCCCUCACGAGUUUUGGGACAGUUUACCCAUUAGGGAGGGCGAGAACGACUUGCAAAGCUCCUCGGUGAGGAUUUACGGACGCUGCUUAAUAAGUGUUUUGAUUGCUUUCACUGUAUGGAUGACAUAGUUAUUACUAUUAUAAGCAUGAUUAAUUAUCAAA